AUGGAUAUUGUAAGAAUGAGGAUGCUGAUUCUGCAAUGUUGUUGUACAAGGACAUUUGCAAGGACGGUAUUGAUCCAGAUAGUUAUUACAGUGAUUUGCGAUAAGGGCAGCUAUUCUACUGCUAUGGAUGCUUUGAUGGAGGGGAAGAUGGAAGAUGCUUUAAGGCUUCAGGCAGAGAUGGUAGGGAAAAGGUACCAAUCAGAUUCGGAGACAUACGGCGCUUUUAUUGAUGGGCAUUUGAAACGUGGUAAUGAAACAAUGGCUGCACUUUUGAGCAGUCAUUUUGCCACGAAGUGCAAGCUUCUUGUUGAAGCAAGUUAUCUUGGUCCAAAUUAUUUUUCUGGAUGA